CUGCUGUGGAGUCAGCUGCUGCGGACCUGACAGAGGACGGGGGGGGGGGGGCUCACAUAAAGGCGGCGGCAGCAGCAGGACCCAGUCCGCCUCCAUCCGGAUCAACAAAACCACAAUAAACCGGAGAACUUCCCGCUCCUACCGGACUCUGUUUGUUUUCCCGUCCCGGACCGUGCCGGACCGACCCGGACUGAGGUCCCGCUGCGGCUCGGAGCGGCGGAGCAGGAGGAGCAAGGUGAGAACAUGGGCGUCUGUCCUCCAGCUGCAGGAGGAGCAGGGAGUUUAGAAAGAGUCUGAGGCCGCGGGGAGAGUCCGGGACGGUACAGACCGAGUCCGGGACCAGAACCUGAUCAGGACUCUGCGGAUUUAGAUCAGAUCGACCGGAGGAGAAACAGCUGAAAGUUUGGAAUCAGGAGGGAGAUCCGGACUUAAUCUGAUGGUUCAGGUCGAUCUGAAUCCACAUCCUCAUCCUCACACAGCUGCAGAUGAGACUCGUCUUCUGCUGACCGUCUGGAGGAAGCUGUUGUCAUUAUUUACACUUCCUCCAACCCAGUGCACCAUGGGAUCUGCAGUCCUCUUCGUGCUCCUCUUCAGCCUCCUGACAUCAUCAGUGUGUGCCGGACUGGGUGGGGCUAGCCAAGGUGGCGCUGUGCUUUGCCCUCUGCAGUGUGUGUGUGAGACACGGCCCUGGUACACCCCACAGUCUGUGUAUCACCAGGCCAGGACGGUUGAUUGUAACGAGCUCCACCUGCAGAGAGUCCCAGCCAACGUUUCAUCUGACACACAGGUGCUGCUGCUGCAGAGUAACAACAUCUCCUCCAUCACCACUGAGCUACAGAGUCUGACCAACCUGACGGAGCUUGACCUGUCACAGAAUCACUUCACACAGGUGAGCUCUAUGGGUCUGUCCUCUCUGGCCCGGCUGGUGACUCUGUACCUGGAGGAGAAUCUCAUCGAGGAGUUGGAGGAUUUCAGUCUGAGGAACCUGUCCAGUCUGGAGGAGCUCUACAUCAACCACAACCACAUCUCCUCCAUCGGACCCAAAGCCUUCGCCGGCCUCUCCAACCUGCUGCGGCUCCACCUGAACUCCAACCGGCUGGUGGCCAUUGACAGUCGCUGGUUCGAGUCCUUGCCCUCUCUGGAGAUCCUGAUGAUUGGGGAGAACCCCAUCCUGGGUCUGGAGGAGAAGAACUUCCUGCCUCUGUCUCGCCUCCACAGCCUGGUGCUGGCUGGGAUGGGACUGGCCUCUGUCCCCUCCGCUGCCUUCCUGGGCCUCGACUACCUGGAGAGCCUCUCCUUCUAUGACAACCGGCUCAGAUCUGUUCCCCGGGAUGCUCUGAGUGUCCUCCCUAACCUGAAGUUCCUGGACCUGAACAGGAACCCAAUCAGCCGAGUCCAGCAGGGAGAUUUCCAGAACCUUCCACAUCUGGAGGAGCUCAGUCUGAACAACAUGGAGGAGCUGCUGAUGGUAGAACGAUCGGCUUUCCAGAACCUUCCAGAAAUUGCCAAACUGGAGCUGUGCAGCAAUCCUCGUCUGUCCUACAUCGACCCGCAGGCCUUCAGUGACCUGUCCUCUCUCCGGACUCUCCUCCUCCAUAAUAACCAGCUCAACCUCCUCUCUGGAGACCUCCUCUCCUCCCUCCCCUCCCUGGAGGAGGUGUCUUUGCACUCUAACCCCCUGCGAUGCGACUGUCUCUCCUCCUGGGGGCCGCACCUCGGCAACCAGUCGCAUCUCAAGCUGCUGGAGUCGUCCAUGACCCUCUGCUCCUCUCCGCCUCACCUGAUUGGUCGGGAGCUGCAGCAGGUGGUGGCAGUCGGUUGGGGCGGAGGCGGGGCCAACAGCUGCCUGCCUCACAUCUCUCCUCACUCCUUCCCUUCAGCCAUGAACGUCAGCACCGGGCAGCCAAUCACCCUGGAGUGCUGGGCGGACGCUGACCCCGCCCCCCAGUUCUACUGGGUCACGCCCAAUGGAGACAAGGUGAGCUCGGAGGCAGUGGCUGCACCAAUCAUAUCAGAGGAGGGGCGUGGCCUGAGCAGGAAGAAGAAGAAGCAUCGUGUGUUGGACCCUGGAGCGUUGGUGAUCGAACACGCCGAGCCAUCGGACGCAGGUGUGUACACCUGUGUGGCGUGGAACACAGAGGGAGCAGACACAAAGAGCGUCUCAGUGUUUGUGGACUCUCAGGGCUUCGUGAGCUGGGGGUCAGGUGAGGGAACUCGGUGGGACGACGAGUCCGGCAGAGAGCAGCCGUGGCUGGGGAACUCGUCAAGCCGUGCAGCCUCUCUGGUGGUGCUGGCAAAGGUGGUUCACGCUCAGUCGGUGGUGUUGGAGUGGAAGUUGUAUCCCAGUGGAGGAGCUCGGUCUGUGGGUCAGAACCAGCAAGAUGUCCCCCUCCCUCUGCCCCGGUGGGCCAGUGCCACCGUGCACAUCGACAACCCUCAGAUCAGCUACACUGCCAAGGUCCCAGUGGAUGUUCAGGAGUAUAACCUGACUCACCUCCUUCCUGCCACAGAGUACCACGUCUGCCUCACCGUCUCCUCCUCUCCUCUCUCCCCCACCUCCCCCUCUUCGUCUCCCAGCUCCUCCCCCACCCCCAUCUCCUCCUCCGCCUCCUCUCCUGUCCACACCUCCUGUCUGAACGUCACCACCAAGGAGGCGGGUUUCUCGGUGGAGCUGGUGGCGUCGCGGCGCAGCAGCGUGGCGCUGGCGGCCGUCAUGGGCUCCAUGUUUGCUCUGUCCAUCAUGGCGCUGCUGGUCGUCUACAUGGGCCGCCGCGUGCAGCAGCACAAGUCCUGCGGCCACUCGCUGAAGAAGUACAUGCAGCACGCCACGUCCAUCCCCCUGAACGAGCUGUACCCGCCGCUCAUCACGCUGUGGGAGAGCGAGGCCGAGAAGGACAAGGACGACAAGGAGGAGGAGGAGAGGGAGGGAGGAGGCGGGGGGGAGGAGGCCGGGGGGAGUCAGAUCGACACGACGAAGACGUACAUGUGGUAGCUGGAGGAGGGGGGAGGUUUUAAUCUGCAGAAAGACAGACGUUCAGGACGAGUCUGGAGGAACGAGACAGACAGCAGCGACUGAGACAAACACGUGGCUGCAGAGAAAGAGGAGGAGGAGGAAACUGAUGAAACGACUGAACGACAGGAAGAUGCUCACCAGUUUCUCCUUUAAAGGACCAUUCUGCUGUUUUUAGCCCAUUAAUCACAAAUCCUGCGUCAGUUUUCAGAGUGAGUUCCUUCACCUGAUCACGUAAGGAAAAUAAUCUAAAUACAGAAAAGAGUCAAAAUGUGGAUUUUAAAUAUCGGAUUCAUUUCUUCAGUUUAUGUCACAGAAACUUUAUUUAAAAUUUUUACACUUUUUACUGACAUUGAAGUUAAAGGUAAAAAUAUAAGUAUCUGAUGAUCAUGCAUUUUAAAGUUUGAUUUAAGUAUUUUGCAGAAACUCGUGAAUUUUAUGGCUCAGAACUUUAAAACAGUUUAUUUUCCUCUGUCAGAAAUUCACUCAUAAAACACAUAAAAAUCAACAGAUACAAACUGAACCAGACAAAAUAUGAACAGUCAUCUGCUCGUGUUCAUAAUUACAGGCCACAAAGCAACUUAAAUCAACAUGUUUGAGACAUUUUAAAGUGUAAAAAUAAGCCUGUCAGACUCUGGAAUGGAAACCAGUUCAUAUCAGCGAGGCAUGUUUUUAACCUGUUUACAUUCUGUUUAUCACGUCCACAGUGAUGGAGACUCUGACCUCUGACCUCUGACCUCACUGUCUGAGUGAUGUCAGCAGGUUUCGUGUUUAAUGGGCUGAAAUAUAAAAACCAUCAGUUUGUUUCUGUGCUGGAUUCUUCAGAAAGUUUCCUCUGAACUGUGGAUCAGCAGCUGGAGACAGAUUCAGACCUGAACCGAAGAAGAAGAAGAACCGUUUUCCCUCAGAUCUGUUUCUCAAACUGAGGGUCGGGGCCUGUAACGGGGCCGUCAGCUGCUUUAAACUGGACGAUUCUUCCUGCAGCAGCUGAACUGUCGACCUCUGACUCCAGACGUUUUCUACAUCUCUCUUCCUCUCUUGUCCUUCCCUUCAUUUUCUCCUCCGUCCUCUUCCCUCUGUCCUCUCUCUGUCAAGCACACUGACAGUAGCUGUACUGUUAAAAAACAAAUCUGAUUAUUGUAAUUUAGUUCAUCUGAUGAACCUGAAUGCAGCACUGACACUCAGCACAGGUGGAAUAUUUCUCACAGCUGAACUUAAACGUCUCGUAUUUAAACUGUGAACAGAAAUUGAAACAGUCAAAACCAUCAUGUUGAAUUAUUGAGUUUUUGUUUUAUGCUCCAUAUAAAAGUUAACUUCAGUCACCUGUUUCCACAGUCUGCGCAGGAGACAUCAAACACUAACACUUAAUUACCAAGAAAUAUUAAUAUUAAUAUAAUAAAAUGUUAAAAAGUUAGUGGACAUUUUCAGGAUCUUCUGACGUUUACAAGACUCUUUAACUCUUUAAAAAAAUUAUUCUCAAAGAUAAUUAGUGGACGAGGUGCAGCUGCUUAAACGUUCCUGCUUCAACAGACGAGUUUAAAAACCGAUGAGUUCAUGUGUCAGACUCUGAACUUUUCUUUGUAGCAGUCAAAUGAAAACUGCUUCAGUUUUCUGUCUGAAUACGAGACCUUUAAUGCUCCAGCUUCUCUUUACUUGAGUCUUCAUCAGCACAGCAUGAAUGCAUUAUUAUUAUUAUUAUUAUUAUUAUUAUUAUUGUUCUACGUUGGGUUUGUAGACCGUGGUCGUCAGGUCAAAGGUCACUGACACCACACCCUGUCAGGGACACUGACAGCGGCCAUGUUAUGUUUCAGUUUGUUCACUGGCUCUGAGGUGGAGGUGGAGGUGGAGGUGGGUGGUGCUGCAUGUCUUUGCACUCAUGUUUAGGACUGUUUGUAUAAAAACCACGUCUGUGUGGAAACCUGCAAACUGCCGGAGGAAAACAAACAACAACAAACAUUUCAACAUUAAAUUAAACAUUAAAUCCAUGAUAAUGAUGUUACGUUUUGGUCGAACAAAACGAGAUGUUUGAAGACGUCACUUUGUUCCUCUGCAAUUUUCAAUAUUUUACUGAUUAAACAAAUGAUUGAUUAAUCUGAGAAACAAUCGACAAAUGAACCUGAAACAGUCAAAGCUUAACUGGAAACAGUUAAAGUCUUUUUGAAUAUGAAACCCCGGAAUUCUCAAGAAUUCUAACUGUCCCUGAACGUCUCAUCAGUCUGAGACUCCACAGUUUGCAGGUUUGUUGUUCAGACUUUCAGCCAAAUAUUCCCUCAACUGUCUGUCAACCAAAACACUUCAGGAACAAACACCCAAAGGAAGCUCUGGGCAUUUACAGACUCUGUAUAUACGAACACCAUCAACUCUUCUAGAAGAACUGAACCCAGUCUCUGGGUUUAAACGUCCGUCUGUCGUCAGCUUUGACUCCAGGAAAUUAAACUGAAUCAUGUGAUAAGAACUCAAAGGUUUCUGGAGGAUAAUCAGCUGUAACAGUGGAUCAGAGGCCAAAACUCCUCAUCAAUCAAACCCUCACAGCUCGAAAACUACAAGUCCCAUCUUUAAUAUUUCUUCACUCUGAGCUCCACAGAGCUUCAGUGAAGACUCUGAUGUUUUAUAUAUAUGUGGUAUAUAUAUAUAUAUAUAUAUAUAUAUAUAUAUAUAUAUAUAUAUAUAUACGUACUGUUUACUGUUUAUGGUUUAGGCUCCGUACAGUUAGAGUGAUGAUGUCACACACUCUAACCCAGAACAUUCCAUGCAAUACACACCCAUUAUAAACUCUGACACUGUAAAAAAUAAAAUAUAAAAUUUAAACUGUGAUUUCAUAAAAACUGUAACAGCUGUCAACAUGAAGAUUUAACCCAACAAAGUCUAAAGUCCUGUGACCUGUUUAAAGUUUCAGCCAUGUUUCUAUGUGAAAGUAUGAGGAAAUUAUGAGGCUCCAAAGAGGAGUGGGUUUGAUCUUUUUAACAAACUGAAAAUCCCUCUGCAGAUACUUUGAUUAUUGAUCUGAUUUCCUGGAGUUUGAACUGAUCAGUCUGAACCCUCAGAGCGACGGCGGCGCCCUCUGGUGUCCACAGUGACACAUCACUGCUCCUCAUGUCAUUUAAACUUGACAGUAAUAUGCAGGGUAUUUUGUAUAAAGUGUAACACCUCUAUAUUUGAAUAUUAUAUGAUUAUUAUUAUCAUCAUUAUUAUUAUUAUUACUCAACACUGAGCACCAACUGUAACUAAAGAUGUGUGUAUGUGAGUGUGGGAGGGGAAAUAAUAUAAAUACACACUUUGUCACUUCACA